CGUACAGUAUGUAUGAAAUAUUUUAUUUUUCAGAUCCUCCAUCGUUACCGGUACCGUAGUCAGUUAGUUUUAAAUUUUGUAAAGACAGAAAUUACUGAAUUAAGUCUGUAAGUAUACUUCGUCGAACAUGCAAAGCCAACAUGUUGAAGAUAGGCCAGUUAUGGAUCUUCUUACAAUGUUUGAUCAGAAAGACAAAAAGGGAUUUUUGACAAGAACCUGUUAUUACUGUUUCAUUGCAAUGGAGAACAAAACUGAAGCUGAUUACCCCACUUUGGAAUCUUUGCACAAUAAAGUAUUAAAUAAUGAAAAAGUGAAAAAAGUCGUUGAAACUACAAAAAAUUAUUCAGAAAGUCAUCAAAGAGAAACAAGGAUACAAGCCAUGUCUAUUGCUAAACACAUGAUUGGAACAGUGACUUCGCGGGUGAUCAGAUUUUGCGGAUGGAUAUAUUUGGUUUUAUUGAAGCAAGUAUGUGGAUCCGUGCAGUUCUCAUCAGCUCAAAUGCAGACUAUACAAGAAGUAUCUUGUGGAAAUAUUCCAAUCAUAUACAUGCCUUUGCAUUUUAGUCAUCUGGACUAUAUACUCGUGUCCCUGGUGCUUUUUCACAAUAAUAUAAGAACUCCUUUUAUAGCCAGUGGUGAUAAUUUGAACUUACCAGUUGUUGGAUAUUUUAUCAAAAGAUCUGGAGGAUUUUUUAUUCGUAGGAAACUCGAUGAAAGUAAUCGAAAGGAUAUUCUUUAUCGCUCUAUAUUACAGACAUAUAUGACCGAGAUAUUGAAAACCGGACAAAGUGUGGAAAUAUUUCUGGAAGGGACACGGUCACGAAGUGGGUUACCCAAUGUUCCGAAGAGUGGAUUGCUCUCUGUACUUGUAGACGCAGUGGUUGAAGGCGAAGUUCCUGAUGCGCUUUUGGUUCCAGUCAGUUUAAGUUAUGAAAAAUUAUUUGAGGGGAAUUUUAACAAUGAACAUAUUGGUAAGCCAAAAAAACCUGAAAGCUUGUGGAGCACUUUUAAAUCUGUUGCUGGAAUGUUAACAGGCUAUUAUGGAAAUAUCAAAGUUGAUUUUGCGAAGCCAAUUUCCCUCAAGUCAGCUUUGCGUGACAUAUGCAUGUAUUCUUCUUCCAAAAAUUUAGUAGCCGAUGAAUAUUCUUGCCAGUUAUCAAUCGGGGAAAAUCAAAAUGGUGCUGGUGUCAUGUCCUUGACAGAAUCGUUUAUACAUCAGCAGUCAUAUCGUCAAGACACCUCAUGGCGUAAAAAUAUAUCGUUCUUAGCUGAACAUAUUAUAUUUAACGGACUUAGCAGUAGAUCAUUCAUGUCUACUCAUUUAGUGGCUUUCCUGUUAAUAAACAGAUGGCGUAAUGGUGUGUCAAUGUCAGAUCUCACUGUUUCAUUCACUCGUUUAAAGGCUGAAAUCAUUGCCAGUGGAAGGAAUGUUGCUUUUUCUGGCUCAGCGCAAGAUGUUGUUUUAAAUGCUAUUAACUUAUUGGGUGAAAAAGUAAUUUUUCUGGAUUGUGUUUUGAGUUGUAAAGAAGCAGACUCCCUUCCAUCAUCUCCUGUGGGAUAUAAUUGUUCAAGUGAUGUGACGAUUCCUUUAUUGCAUGAUGAGUUAGAAAAGACUGAUGAGUCAUGUGAUGAUAAUACUGACAGUGGAAUUUUUGUCAGAUGUGAUUCUGCUAUUAGUCAAAAUAGUAUCUCAGAUGGUGAAUCUUCCCCAAAAAAGGAACAGAAAUCGAGCUUGUUUAUUAAACCAAUUCUUAGUGUUCCGGAAAUUUUUGAAUUAACCUAUUAUUCCAAUUUGAUGACACCAUUAUAUGCACUUGAAUCUAUUAUCUGCUUAUCAAUUGGAGCUGUCACUGGUUGCAGAUUCUCUAUGGUUGAAAAGCUUUGGGAAAUGAAUGGAGGAGCUGAUAUAUUUGAAGAUAGUCUUCCGGAGAAGAUGACUUUGUCAUUCUUGCGAAGCAAUCUUUUAGAAAAAGCACUGGAAUUGUGCGACUUUUUGCAACUAGAUUUGAUCCUUUGCGACGUGGUGGUUGACUUGGAAGAUUGCUUGAAAGAUACGAUACAUAAUUUAGUCUCUUCUGGCUGCUUGAUCAGUGAAACCAUAGGAAAUGCGAGAAUAACACAUGCGGCUUAUGGUCUUGAUGAAGAUGAAAAUUGUAGCAAUGAUCAAUGGCUCAAAGUCAAUCCCUUAUCUAUUUCACAGUUGCUCUGUUAUCAAAAUAUUCUGGCUGCUAUUGUGGAAGGAUCUGCUAUGGUAACUGAAAAACUCAACUUGCUUCACAAUCCAAUCUCCAGAAAGGAAUUUUUGUCAAUUUUGUUAGAAUUCUCUCAGAGUAGAUCAAGAAAUGGACUAACCUCUCGUGUUGAGUCUUGCUCAAGUGAAAUUUUAUCACAUUGCAUUUAUGCAUUUAAAUGCAAUAAAGUUAUAGAAUCAAAAGAUGGAAUGUUAAGUCUAACGGAAGAAUGUCAAAGUUCUGACCAUCUGGACAGUUUGCUUUCCAAAAUUUGCCAGUUUAUGGUAUAGCAUUUAGAUGUGUUUUAGAAAGUUUGUUGCGUAAUAUUGUGUUAUCCAAUUUAUACUCUCUUGCCAUGAUUGUUGUGGAAAUUAUUCAGUUAUUGGAGAAUUGUUGAUAUGAUGAUGGAGGGAAGGUUUUCCAUGAGGCUAUGAACUUAUCUGUGUUUCACGUGGUACUUGCAACUUGGUUGAAAAGUCAAUCAAAAAGAUUGUUCUGUUUGAAUUUUGUUGUGAAAUCUAACAAUUAUAUAAUGGUGCUAUUCUGUAUACCGGUAGUUUAACAAUCCUAUUUUGUAUUGAAGUUUCUUCCAGUUUUAUGUAUAUAUGUUUCUUCUGUAUAAUGUAUUUGCGUGAAACCAGAAAGGGGGUAAACUGUGGGUUGAAACUUUGACUUGAAAAAGUCAAAUACUUUUCUCUAUGCGGCCCUUUGCAAAAACGAUCUUUAGAAUCCGGCCCAUGCGAAAACACUUCCCACCCCUGGUUUAAACUGUCAGUUCCCCUUUAUUUAUUAAAAGUUUAACGAUUUCAACAUAACUUUUUUGUGACAUUCCUGCUUCAAACUUAUUAACUGAUUUCAACGUCAUUUAUUUUGUAACAUAUUUAAACUAUUCGGUGACAUAAUAUGACGCAUUUAUAUAGCCACAAACAGUAUUAUUGGUAACUUAAAUCUUGAUAUGACUUAACUCUGGGGUCGGCAACCUUUUGUCGCUCGCGGGCCAAAAUAAGGGUUGCAAGUCAUUGGCGGGCCGCACAUAUUUUUAGAAAGUUGAAAAUCGAAUGGAUGAUACUUUUUACAAUUAAAAAUGAAGCAGUGAUACAUCUCGAAUAGAAUAUUGAUUUAUAUCCUCAUUGCAUUGCAUCUUCGGGGCCAUUGAACUCUUUGGCACUUAGCAUCAACUUUUCUGCCCUGCCAUGGAUCCGGCCCGCGGGCCGUAGGUUGCCGCCCCUGACUUAACUGAUUUGAUUUGGCCAUGUUAUAAUUUAGUUCUAAAAGAUGACUAUUAUAUACGGUACCUUAUUUAUUUGGCCAUACUUGCCAGAAUGAAAAGUAAGUUGAUGACAGGGGGCUGGUCGGAAUUCCCCUACUCCCCCAUUUAAAACAUAAAAAAUAGUAAUUUUUUGUAGCUUGAAACGUUUUUUAGACUCCCUCUCUGGCAAUUCCUGGCAACACCCCUGGUUGAUGAUGUGCUCUCAGAAUUUACUCAACUUGUUUGUUAUAAACAGCAUAUUUAUUACAUGUUUAUUUUGUUUUUUCGUUUUUCAAUACUGAUUCUGAUGUAUUUCUAAACAAUAAUACUACUGUAGCCUAUUAUUAUUGCUUUUAUAGAGUUGUUAUACAUUGAAGACACUUGCAUUUGUACAACCUAGGCUUCAUGAACAAACACUUAAGAUAUGAUAUAGCAUAUAGAUAGAUGGAAUUUUGUCGGGAUAUGUCAAUUUUACUUGGUGCCAUAAAUUUGGAAUUCAAUUGCUUUACAUUCUUCUAAACCAGUUUAAAUGAUAUUUUUUGGUACAAUAUGUGCCAGUAUAUCCUUUAGUUUAUUUAACUGGUUAGAUGUUUUAUUCUAUUUUGUUGUAUUUUUGUUUCAAAAUACUUUUUUUCAUAUUCACUCGAUCAUCACGCUGCAAGCUCAAAUUCUGCUGCCUAAAAUGCCGGCAUUUCAAUGAACACUGGAAAUUUGUUCAAGCGGUUUUAAUAAGUUGAAAAGGGGUUCAACUCGUCUGCCUGGAAGAACAGUUUGCUCUGUUAAGUCCCCGGAUUUUUGUUUUGUUUAAUAGGAAUUUGUAAUUGAAUCCAUUUUCACACAUUCAUUUAUUUCUAGUGAAUGAAAACGAGAACAAUUAUACAUUUCCUUCAUUGCAUUUUUGAGCACUAAUAAAAAAUUGCGUCAUA